AUGGUUAAGACUUUCUUUAUGGAACCAAGUCCAUUAGUUGAUUCUUUAAUUGGUUUGAAUGGCCAUAUAAUUUUGAAUUGGUUUGGAGUGACUUGGUCAGCGUGGGACUGUAUUAAGUUGCUGGGAGCAUUUAAUUUUGAUCAAGAGAAAGGUAGGACGGAACUUGCAAAUAUGAUCAUCCUACACGAAUAUUCUCUGUUAAUGGUUGAGCAUACUGGGUUUAGAAAGUUUUGUAAUACAAUUCAACCAUUAUUUAAAGCUGUUUCUCGUAAUACCAUCAAGGCUGAUAUCUUGAAAAUUUAUAAUUAUGAGAGAACAAAAGUAAUGGGCUUGUUAGAGAGGACCAAUAGUAGAAUAGCAGUCACCACUGAUAUGUGGACAUCCAAUCAAAAGAAAUUUAUAUAUGUCCCUUGUCCCCACACUGCUGAGUCACUGUCUACUGUGUUAAUGGAUUGUCUAUUUGAUUGGAAUAUUGAUCAGAAAUUGUCUACAUUGACUGUUGAUAAUUGCACCACGAAUGACGCUAUGAUUAACAUUAUGUUAGAUAAGCUUUCUCUUGGUUCUUUAUUGUUGAAUGGUGAAUUUUUCCACUUGCGGUGUUGUGCACACAUAUUGAACCUGAUAGUAAAGGAUGGUUUGGAUGUCAUUAGCCCGAGUGUUGAGAGAAUUCGUGAUAGUGUUUCAUAUUGGUCAGCAACACCAAAAAGAGUUGAAACUUUUGAGGCAGUUGCACGACAAAUGAAAAUCCCUUGUGGAAAAAAGUUAUUAUUAGAUUGCAAGACUCGAUGGAACUCUACGUAUCUAAUGAUUCAUACUGCUUUGCUUUACAAAGAACUUUUUCCUCGACUAAGGCAAAGAGAGCCUCAUUACAAAAGUGUAUCGAGUGAGAAUGAUUGGGAAUUGGCUACAUAUAUUUGUGAUAAGUUGGAGAUAUUGUAUGAAGCGACUGAAUUAUUUUCAGGAACAAAAUAUCCUACUGCCAAUUUGUACUUUCCCAAUAUUUGUGACAUAAAGUUGGCAAUCCGUGAUUGGAGCACAUCAUCUUGCGAUGAAGUCAAAUGGAUGGCGUCAAGCAUGAAGGAAAAGUUUGAUAAAUAUUGGAGUGGCAUGCAUGAAAUUCUAGCUGUUGCAACUAUAUUGGAUCCUAGAUACAAGAUGAAACUAGUUGAAUACUAUUUUCCUUUGAUUUUUGGAGAUGAAGCUCAGGAAGAGGUUGAAAAGGUUAGAGCAUUUGGUCAUAAGUUGCUCAAAGAGUACAAGAGAUCACAUCGUUCUACAGAAAAUACAUCUUUGUUUCCAUCAUCUUCACAAUCAGAGUCGUCUACUACUAGUGGAAAACAUUCUCGCAUGGCUGGUUUUGAUACAUUUGUUAGCCUUUCUGUUACUGCUGAUCAUGUAAAAACAGAAUUCGAUGUUUUUCUAGAUGAGCAAGUAUUGCCUAGGGUGGACGGUUUUGAUCUAUUGACAUGGUGGAAAGCAAAUUCAAUAAAAUAUCUGACUUUACAGAAGGUUGCAAGAGAUUUAUUAGCCAUUCCAGUAUCUACUGUUGCAUCCGAGUCAUCAUUUAGUACACGUGGUAGAUUUGUGAGCCCACAUAGAAAUAGGCUUCACCCGAAGACUUUAGAAGCUUUAAUGUGUGCUCGAGAUUGGCUUUGGUAUGAUAUUCAUGGUAGGAUGUAUUGUUUUAUGUUUGUUAUUUAUGCACUUUCUUUUAUUGCUAAUUUUUUCCUCUUUCGUGUGUAG